UUUUUUGCCCUGUUCUUUUUCAGAUUAACUAUAUAAUAAUUGAGUUAUGGAAUUAAAUUUAAAUUUUCUCUUAUAUAUGAUUUUUAUUGGACAGUUUUAUGAUUGAACUGAUUUGUGGGGUUUUGUGAGUGUAUGUUGCUCAUUUUGAUGAUCCAGUUUAAUUAUACUUGUUAUAAUCUUUAUUUUAAUAUAAAUAGUGGAUUUAAUGUUUUUUUUUUUAUUGAUUGAUUUGAAAUCUUUAGGUAUGUAUAAGAAAUUGGGGUUUUAGAUCUUAUUAGUUAGUAAAUUGAGUUGGAAGUUUGGAUUUUUUUGGGGUUUUACUUCCGAUAUAUUUAUUUUCUAUAAGCUUAUUAAGUAUAUUACAAUGUUAUUCAUCUAUAAUUUUAUGGGUUUUUGUUUAUUUGUUGUCAUGAAGGUUUAGGUAUUUAUAUGAAUGAAAAUUGUUUAUGGUCUCAUAGACCCUAAGACUUAGGUAGGGCCAAGGGAUUUAUAAUAUUUUCUAUGAAAAUCUUUUUGUGAUUGGAUGUAAAAUGAUAAGCUGCCUAUUGGGAAUUUGCCUGAACUCCUUAGCAAACACGGUUAUUGACCGGUUUAUGGUGAUUAGUGGUAAGGUUGCGCACAUUUGAUCCUCUCUAGACUUGUUUGUCCUAUGAGAUCUAUAUUGAGUGGUGGUUGUUGAUACUUGUUAGCUUAUAUGAGUUUUCCUUCUUUUACCUUUGGGAUUAUGUUUGAAAAAGUAGCCAAUCGUCUGCACAAGCACGGUAACUGGAUACUUUCCUCUAUGUCAUCAUCUAGUUUUUCAAGGGACCAAUCUUACUUGAUGAGUGCAAAUAAACUCUAUAAAGUUUAAUGAGUGCAUUAGAGAAACUGCGGGAGUAGACCUUGAUGUACUUGUGCCAUUUUGUGGUCCAAAUAAAUACUGUAAAGUUGAAUGUCACUUUUGCUCGCUUUUCUAUCUACCUUUUAUGAAUGCCUUUGAUGGUAAUUUUUUUUUAAAAAAAAAUCACUGCAUUUGUGGAGGCUCAAUUGUGCUCUCCAUCUUCUUUUAUCUUGUCUUUCUUGAGUGGCUUAAACCUUUACAUGUUUUGAUAGGUAGUGUUGUCUUCUGCAGAAGUGGCAUCAUGUAUUAAAUCAUUGCGUAAAUUAGUCAUUGGCUAGUGUUCGGUGAAGAAGUUGGUUGAGUCUCUUAGUGGCUUGAAAAUUGUGAGAUUUAUGUAAUAUUGUUCAAGUUUUGGGUGUAGCAUGUUCAUGGCCUUUCAGUGUUUUUAUAAAAGAGGGCCUCAACGAAGCACUGGUGGAGGUGAAGAUAUUAAGCCUCGAUUAAAGUCUUCUGAAAUAGUGGAAGUUCAGUUGGAUACAAACUGGGAUGAUAUAUCUUGUCCAGUAUGCUUGGAUUAUCCUCAUAAUAGUGUGCUGCUUCAAUGCUCAUCUUAUGAUAAAGGAUGUCGUUCAUAUGUGUGCGACACCAAUCACUUGCAUUCAAACUGCUUAGAUCGCUUCAAAACUGCAUAUGGGAUACCUUCACAAUCAAAUUCACCACCAACAUCAUUUUCAGUGGGAAAUGAAAAUUCAGCUGCAGUAGUUCCUGAAAGCAAUUGUAAGCCAACUUGUCCAUUAUGUAGAGGGGAGGUAAAUGGUUGGGUUGUUAUUGAUAAGGCCCGAGAGUAUCUGGAUCAGAAAAAGCGUUAUUGUGAAGAGGAACGAUGUUCUUUUGUUGGUACUUUUUCGGAGCUUCAAAAACAUGCUCAAGAAGAACACCCUGAUUCCCGUCCAUCAAAAAUUGAUCCUGCACGUCAGCUUGACUGGGAUAAUUUCCAGCAGUCAUCAGAAAUGGUGGAUGUUCUUAGUACCAUUCAUUCAGAAGUUCCGCGUGGAGUUGUUCUGGGUGAUUAUGUGAUUGAAUAUGGUGACGAUGAUACAGCAGACGAGUUCGAGGACUUCCCUGGUGAUGAAGGAAAUUGGUGGACGUCAUGUAUCCUGUAUCAAGUAUUUGAUAAUCUCCGCAAUAGUCGAAAUAGGAGGAGGUCAAGAAAUAACGAUACAAGAAGAGGAAGCCGCCGUUCUAGCAAUGAUACGUCAAAUUCAGAUGAUGGCUCUGUGACAUCUGUAGAAUUUCCAGACUAUAGAGGAGAUGAGUUUGAUGAUGAAUUUAUACACUCCAGAGGUCCUGCAAGAAGUAAUUUUAAUCGCCGAAGGUUAAUUGUACUGCAUUGUUGGUUACAAUCCUGUCAUUCUAUCUCUUUGCCCUCACUCACUUGCUUGAUAAAAGUUCUCGAAGAAGACGCUCCCGCUUCUAUGACCAUUAGGUGCAUUCGUGCAUAACUUGUUGAAGCUGAGGGGGAAUGAUGAAAAAGCCGAAGCAGAAAAGAGUACUGUGAUGUUAUCUACAGCACCCUGUCUUCCGCUGCAAUCAGCUUAUGUCAACAAUCUCAACAUUCAUAAUCAGCUCAUCUAGUUAGAUAUGAAAUCCUAGAUGUUAAUGGAUUUUAGUUCUAGAUAUAAUUUUUUUUCAUUGAUUAGUCCUCCUUUUUCCGUUGCUUCGAAUGGAAUUUUAGAGAUAAAAAAUAUCUGGGUUUUGUUUGCCUUUUGUAAGAAACUUUGGGGUAAUGCAUGUACAUAUUUCAUGGUAAAUAUUAGAUUUUGCUUUCCUUUGCUUA